UCGGUGGGAGGUCCACCUGUCCCGGCAGCAUCUGCAGCUUGGUGAGCCCUCCUCCUCCUCCUCCUCCUCCUCCUCCGUCACACGUCUCCCUGGGAGCCGACCGGAGCGCACAGAGAGCCGCUGCUCCUUCACUGCAGGACGCAGGCGCGCGUUCGGAGGAAUGCGUUUGGAGUUUUCUAUGAGAAACUUACCGAACUCUUUCUGAUCUGGACUCCUCUGCUGGAGUCGUCAAGGGCGGUCAGAAUGGCUCAGCAGCAGAGACUCGUCCAGCUCAGCGCCGCCUCGCUCGCCGUCGUCUUCGGACCGGACGAGGAGAGUUUACGCGCCGGCGGAGGGAGCGCGAGCGCAAACGGCGCGAGCGGUCAGGAGAUCUUUGCGGACUUUAAAGCGCAAAACCUGCGCAGCUUCUGGAAUAAGAGACUGGUGAAGGCUAUAGCUGAGGUGUGCUUUCAGGGAUGGAUGGAAAACCUGGUGCUUUUUGUUCAAGGGAACGCAAACAACCUGGAGGUGCUGAGGGAAGCGUGGAUGCGCAGAGCUCUGAGAUCCCCGAAGGGAUUCAUCAUUAAGGCUGUCGGUGACCUUUCCCCGGUGCAGAUGGCCCCCGUCCCUCAGUCCCAGUUCAUUCCUUUGGCCGAGGUUCUGUGCUCAGUGAUAUCCGAUAUGAACGCCUCUCAAAUCACCGUCAGCCAGGAGGCGCUCGUGAACUACAUGAGCAAAGCCCAUCCAGGAAUAACCAUCCCCACCCAGGACAUCCUCUACAACGCACUCGGCACCCUGAUCAAGGAGCGCAAGAUUUACCACACGGGGGAGGGCUACUUCAUCGUAACACCUCAGACUUAUUUCAUCACCAACAACACGACUAGAGAAAAAAACUGGUGGAAUUCCUCUUCAACAGAUGAUCCUCCUUUGCCUCCGCCCAUCACUUACCUUCUAAGCAAUGAGGUCUGUGCUGAUAGCUCUCAAACGCUCCCUGUGGCCCACUGCAAGUCCUGCAGCUGCUUCAGUCCUCUCCAGACUCCCCCCAAUACUACAGCCGAACCAGCAGCGGUCCCCGACCAGCACUCCGUCUCCGUGUCUGUAAGCGAGUGCACCGGUAAAAGCUUGAAGUGGCCCCGGCCCUCCGAGCACAAACCUACCGUGCAGCAUCAGUCCACCUCCACAGUGGCAGACUGUCAGGGGAGUGAAAUCAGCAAAACGACUGCCACCACCAACGCAAGCGGGCGAAAAGACAAACCCGGGAGAAAGUUUGGUCUCAGUUUGUUCAGGAGGAAUGGAAGUAAAAAGGAGAAGCCAAAGAAAGAGUAUGCAUCCUUUUCCGGACAGUUUCCCCCUGAAGAGUGGCCGGUCCGAGAUGAGGACGACUUGAACAAUUUACCACGAGACCUGGAGCACGCCAUAAUCAAACGGAUCAACCCAGAGUUGACUGUGGACAACUUGACACGCCACACAGUCCUGAUGAAGAAGUUAGACGAGAGAAGAAAAGAAGGGAUAGAAAGGGUGCUGGAUAAGUGCCCAGAGAAAGAUGAUAAGGGAGUUGACAAGGGGAUGUCAACCGACAUGCUAACCAAACACAGACCGUAUCACCCCUCUAAAGCAGGAGGAGGUAAAAGAUCUUCUCAAAAGGCCUCUCGCAACAAGAGGAGAGCUCACUCAUCCAGAGAGAAGCAGAGAGAGAGAGUGAAGAACAAAGCUCCCGAAUGUGUGGACAGCUACCCAGAAGGGGAAGAUUUGAUUCCAACCCGGCUCCAAGUGGAAAUCCCCGUCGAUGCACCAGAUCAAGCGGUAGAGUGUGGAACCACGGAGAGAAAAUCUCUCUAUAAGAAACGCAUUGACAACCCUUUCCAGCCCCAUCCAGUCAAAGACAAUGAGGAAAUAGUCCCCACCUCCAGAGAGCUAAGAAAGCAGGAGGUGAAAGACGGCAAGGGUUCAGGCCCAGGACGGAAACAACGAUCGAGUCAUCGCUCCAAGUCCUGGGACCCGCACCGAGCCAAAGGGAUGCUGGCAGAUGGAGAAAAUAGAGGGAAGCUCCCUUUGUCUGAAGGGAGGUUUCAGUCUGCCUACGAGAGGGACUUUAAUGCUGAUCCUCUGGUCCAAACAGACCGGAACCGCAACAGUGAACUGCCCUCGGAUUACGGCUCGGCCUACCCGCAGAGCAGCACGCUCCGGAUGGACGAAAAGCUCCGGCAUCAAAGUGAAGGAGGCAAGGAGAUGUGUGAAAGAGAAGGACAGAACGUGAACUUACAAGAUGCACCACACCACAUCCAGACCAGAGAGGAUGGUUAUAUGAAUGCGGUUCCUCUUAACCAUCCUUUUGGGCCAAACACCAGCCAAUCGUAUGACCACAGUCUAACGCGGGGUAAGCCAUCUUUACAGCGAAAACACUCCCUGAGGCUGUACAGUCAACAAAAAGAUGUAGAAGCUCAGAGGUCGGAUGAGCUUUCCCCAUCACUUUCUGACCAACAGGAGAUGAGAUUAAUGAACGGAAGAGAGCAGAGGACCUUAGGGGAGGGAGAGCAGCUGAGACGGACACCCGACAGCGUUCAUCUAACGACAGACACUCUGGACUUUACGGAGGACGACCACAGGCUGUAUCAGAGAGCCAAUGAGGCAGAAGAUGAGGACACUUGCAGCUCUCUGUGUCUGAAUGUGGAUGACAUCAGUACUGGAAAUGUGCAUCAAGGUGGUGCGAAGAACUAUCCAGAAAACGAGGUGAUUUACCAUAAGCAGGAAUUGAAGCUGCAGCAGCAUUUUAAAGUGAACUUUCAACAACCUGCUGGAGCGUCCACUCAAGAUACAGUAGACAACACAUCCAAGGAUAAAACUCCACCAGCAGCUCAGACAGGAGCUUCUCUCAACCCCACCAGGACCAGUUGGAGACACCAUCAUCAGAGGGCUAGAUCCCAAGAAAUACAAAGUCACAACAGUCCCACAAGAGGUGCAAUCAACCUGGGAGAAAGACAGCAUGACACAACCCUGGAUAUGGACCUCAACGAAGCAUGCGAAGUAUCGGACAGCAGCAUCUUCGACUACUGCCAGGCUAGUGAAAUAGAGUCGGACUCCGAGACAGUCCGGAAGUCAGCUGACGAAAGCGAGGUCACAUCGGCUCAGUGGACUGCUGGUGUGGAGGAAGUGCCGACACGGCAGUUUGAGGGAAAGGGCCACAGGGCUGCCCCCAGCAUGCUCAGUGCUGCCAGCAGGGCAGACAUUGGUGAGAUGGUGGAGAACCACAGCAUCACGGGAGACAGUGGGAUAGAUUCCCCUCGGAACCGAGUUACUUUGGUCUCCCGCAACACUGCCAUCUUUGAAGGUCUGAAGAAAAGAGGCUUCCUGCAAAACUUGGAGAAACUGCACUCCAAGAGCAGCACCAUUCGACCUCAGAGCUCCCUGCUGCAGCUAACACCCGUCAUGAACGUAUAGCCCAACAAUCGCAGAAAAAUUCAGCUAUAUUCAAAAAAGCCAAAAUUUUUGAGUCUUUGUGGAAAUGCAAGUUUGAAAUCACACCUGUAUGAUAUCCAUCUAGGUGACUUAUGUAAAGUUGUAUCUUUGUGAAAAUGUAAAUAAGAAAUGCAUGUAACUAGCAUUAUUGUAUAUUCUCAUGUUUAUCAAAUGUUCUAGCAUUUCAGUUUUCCUGAUUUAUCUUCAUCUACUAAUAAAUUUGCAUAUUUACAUAAAAUGGUUAAAUUUUUCAUGAAAUAUAUUUAAAAUAUUGCUUUUUUUGGGUUGGGAAAAUAGUAUCAAGUGACUUUUUUUGUAAUAAUUUACUUUAACUAAGCAGGUGCAUUAAUAUUAAUUCAGUAAGCUUAGUAUACCAGAAUGCAAUGGUGUAAAUCUGACCUUCAAAACAAACAAGUCACAUUUUAAAGAGCAGAUCUCAAUUUUUUUAAAAAUAUAUAUCUACAAUAAAAUCAAAUCUAGUUUAAUUAAAGCAUCUAUAUUGAAGGAAGUGUGGUCAUUAUUACUUGCAUACAUUUAAUAUCUUGUCGAAUGAGACAAACUGGCUGAAUAUUUACAAUAGGGUGACACCUUUUGGACAAACUGGGUAAUGCGGUGCUUUUCAGGACUCCAUUGACUCGACAACCAGACAGUCAACAACCUUUAUUUAUCCAUAAAUGUGCCACUCAGAUAGGGAAGAGGUGUUACAGGAUUUGCCCUUAAGAGGACUCUAUAUGGAUCGUUUACAAUUUUUCUCUGAGGCCAUAAACAAAAACCAAAGGGACAAAAUAAGAGACAGUUUGGUUGUAACAGUGUAAACACAUAACAUACAUGAACUCAAAAACAAAAAAAGUUAGCAGUGACAUCAAAUAAAAAUGCAGGGUAAGUAUGAAGAACUAAGGACUCCUGAAAAUUUUUUUUUAUCUCAAAUAACAGCUUGGCAUACAUUUCUACACAGCAUGCAAUAAGGCACCUAACUAACACAAGGAAGAAACCUAUGCUACAGUUUGAAGAACUGUAAUCCAAAACUUUUUUUACUUUAAAAAGGGAAAAAAUAUUGCUCACCAAACUGUUAACUCAUUUAAAACUGCCUCUCUCUGUCAUUCCCUUUCAUAGAACCCAAACCAUGUCUAAAAAAAUACAUCAGUUUGUAAAAGAUAUUUUACACGAACAGUAAAUCGAGCGCAAUCCACUGGACUUCAUAAAAUUCUUGUAAAAUGAGAUUCUCAUGUAGUCUUUCAGUAUACAUAACCUUUUCAGAUCAAAUUGUAGUAUUUUGAGGAGCAACAAUAGUUACCUAAGUCUAUACACAAGUAUUCUUCUCCAAAGCAAUAUAGUAUUAUAUAGCUGGUCAUGUACAUUCAGGACUUGGGUGCAGUUGAAAGCACGCGGUAAAUAACUGGGACACGGGGCGUGAUGCAAUAUGCUACCCAACGGGCUUUUAUUUUCUACAAUGCAUUUAUCAUGAUUAAAUUGCAUGUAAUAACAGACUUGGGGUGUCAGUCAGUAUUGCUCUGUACAGUCUAUGCAGCAGUGCUAAACCAUCAUAGACAUACAAAAAAAAAA